GCCCCCUCUCCCUCCCCCAAUUCCUACAGGCUUUUUAAAGACCACCCCGAGACCUUGGAAAAGUUUGACAAGUUCAAGCACCUGAAGUCUGAGGAUGAGAUGAAAAGCUCCGAGGACCUGAAGAAGCACGGUACCACCGUGCUCACCGCCCUAGGCGGCAUCCUCAAGAAGAAGGGGCAGCACCAGGCUGAGCUGGCACCCCUGGCCCAGUCCCAUGCCAACAAGCACAAGAUCCCCGUCAAGUACCUGGAGUUCAUCUCAGAAGCCAUCAUCCAGGUCCUGAAGAGCAAGCACGCUGGGGACUUUGGUGCCGAUGCCCAGGGUGCCAUGAGCAAGGCCCUGGAGCUCUUCCGGAAUGACAUAGCUGCCAAGUACAAGGAGCUGGGGUUCCAAGGCUGAGUCCCUUGAUGCCCCACUCCUGCCCGCCUGGGCCCUUGGGUCCCAGACAGAACAGUAACAGAACCUCCUAGUGUAGCCUUGUAGCAUUUGCUUCCACACAUCUAUUUCUGAAUGGUGAGCAUGGGAAGUGGUGGGGGGUGGUCCAGGGGAGGUCCAGGACACACCCCACCUGGGGGGCCUGUCUCCCUGUGGAGAGUCAUCUUCUGGAGAAACAGGAGAAGCAUGGCCCUCUGCUCACUGGCUUGUAGAAUUGGGGUCAGGCUGAGUUCCUCUCUCUCCCAACAAUUGCUCCCACCCUCCAACAACCCCAGCUUUCACCAUCACCUUGAGUCCUGGGCACCACACAUUUGAUCCAGCACCCAACCUUAGUAAAACUCAGGCUGUUUUUUUUCAAGGAGAGGGGGCUCCUGGGAUGGGGGGUGGUAUAGCCACAUCAGCCCAAGGGAUGGAUGGUAUGUUGCGAAGCCACUUGUGUCUCCUUGGGUCUUGGGGGACUCGCUUGAUUUUAAUAAAAGUCCCUGCAACAUCUCA